AUGCAAUCAAUUGGUGUAGAAACUUCAAACUUAAUUGCUUUAAUGAAUCACAGCAGACCUGGCUUACGCGAUGCUAUUAUAAAUGGACAACCGACCAUUGUAUUUGUUCAUGGACUUACAUCGAACAAAGAAGCAUGGCUACCAAUCGUUAAAAAUAUUCCAAACAAUUAUCAUUGUAUUACAGUAGAUUUACCUGCUCAUGGAGAAACAAUUGGUAUGAAAGAAGAGUUCUAUACGAUUGAUAAAUUUGUUGAAAAACUCAAAUUGUUUUUUGACAAAAUGAACUUAACUGAGUCGCUGUUUAUAAUUGGUGCAUCAAUGGGUGGUGCCGUGGUAUCCAUGUUUGCGAUCAAGUAUCCAAAUUAUGUAAGCUUGAUUAGUUUGCUCGCACCACCUGCUGACGAACAGUGUGAAACUGGUCGAAUGAAACAUUUACGACAGGGCAGUUAUGAAAUAAUUCUUCCAGAAACAACAGAACAACUCUAUGAUACGAUACAUUCUUUAGCAGUAAAACCAGUCGGUUUGCCUAGACCGCUUCUCAAUGGAUUUCUUUAUUUACGACUUCAAUUACUCGAAGAACAAAAGAACGUUCUAAAAUCGCUUCUCAAAUACGACUAUCCAUAUCUUGACCAUCGAUACCAACAGCUCAAUCAAAUCACUUGUCCAGUGUUGAUUCUAUGGGGUCGCGAAGACCAAUUAUAUACUGCUGACGGUGCAAAAUACUUUUCAAAAUUAAUACCAAGGUCAGAAGUGAUUAUUUUCGAUGAUUGCGGCCAUCUCAUGGCUAUCGACAAACCUGAAGAAGUGGCUAAUAGUAUUGUAACUUUUUUAAAUAGACAUUGGAAUAGUCAGGUAGACGUUCCUAUUCCUGCAAAAUCUGUCUAA